AUGGCAGGACAGGCGUUUAGAAAGUUUCUUCCCCUCUUUGACCGAGGCUUAGUUGAAAGGAGUGCUGCGGAAACUGUAACCAAAGGAGGCGUUAUGCUUCCAGAAAAAUCUCAAGGAGUAUUGCAAACAACAGGAGUAGCUGUUGAAUCAGGCUCCAAAGGAAAGGGUGGAGAGAUUCAACCAGUUAGUGUGAAAGUUGGAGAUAAAGUUCUUCUUCCAGAAUAUGGAGGCACCAAAGUAGUUCUAGAUGACAAGAAUUAUUUCUUAUUUAGAAAUGAUGAUAUUCUUGGAAAGCAUGUAGACUGA